AUGAACUCAACGGCGAAUGGAUCCAGCGGAUCUUGGAGCUGCUUAAAUUUUUCUGCGUGGAAAAUCGGAGGAACCGUUACCUACUGUCUGAUCAUCAUCGUUUCACUGGUCGCAAAUUCUCUCAUUGUUAUCAUCGUUUGUAAAACGCCGAACUCAAGAAAACCGAUAAAUUAUUUUAUCGCAAACAUGGCCUCAUCUGAUUUGUUGUUUCCAGUAUUCUCGAUACCUUUUAAAUUGUCACUCUUGCACGCCAACUCGUUUCUUAUCGGUGGAAAGCUUGGUCAGGCCUUGUGUAAGCUUCUCCCUUUCUUUGGUAGCGCUUCCUUUGUCGUUUCGAUUCAAAAUCUGAUUCUGAUAGCAGUGGAUCGAUUUGGAGCCGUGGUGUUUCCACUCCGUUCCCCACUCAUCAGAUCCAAACUGUGUCCCUUCUUCAUUCUCGUCACGUGGAUCUUUGCCAUAGUUUUUAUUUCGCCAGACUUGUUGGCAUUCGAACUGGUUGAAUACCCGGAGGGAGCCAGUUGUGUACGGAGAUGNUCCCUUCUUCAUUCUCGUCACGUGGAUCUUUGCCAUAGUUUUUAUUUCGCCAGACUUGUUGGCAUUCGAACUGGUUGAAUACCCGGAGGGAGCCAGUUGUGUACGGAGAUGGAAGAAAGUAUUCGGAGAAUCCUUUUCCUUUGCCAGUAUCCUACUAGCUACUACUACUAGUAGUAGUAGUAGUAGCUACUAGUAUCCUACUUUGCCAGUAUCCUACAACAUUCUGUUUACCUACAUCACUGUGCUGCUGUUAGUCAUUCUUUACUCCAUCAUCUUUAUCAAGCUCAAGACACAGGUACACCCAGGUGAACAGUCAACCAACAAUCAGCAACAGCGGAAAAGAAGAAACAGAAACGUUCUUCAAAUGUCCAUUGCAAUCGUAACAGUGUUCGUGCUUUGCUGAUUACCUUACAAUACUAACUAUUUAAUCAUAGAGUAUCAGGACAGUUCUGCCCAUUUCUCGUGUAGUUUCUUGAUAUAUUGGCAUGUAAGCUACUUUACGGCUAACGCUUACUGUGCUAUCAACCCGAUUAUCUGCUUCAUGUUUAGUAGUAAUUAUCGCCAAGGUGUAAAAAGACUCAUGAAAUAUUCUUUUGUACAGGCCUAAGUCGCAAAAAUGUGCUUUUGAUAUGCAUGAAUAUGUCAAGAGUUAGAGAAUCAUGGAAAAUUUGCCAAUAAAAACUAUCAUGACUUUUAAGUUUAUGUCCCCCUGCCUCUGCCUCUGCCCUGCCAUGACUGUGAAGAGUGAUAGCAUAGGCGACGUAUUGUAAGAGUUUGGGUGGUAAAUAACAAUGCUGGAUCCAGACCUUGAGAUAAGAAGGGGGAGCGAUCAUCCAGACCCUUAAAUAAAGGGGGGGGAGGGGGGCAGGUCUCCAAAAAAUUUUUUUCGACCCUUCGGGCCUUAGUUUGGUCUAAAAAUAAGGGGGGGCCGGGAUCUGCCACUGAAUAAAACUCAGGGAUGGACCAUGCACCCUCUCAGCAGCAGAGCAGUUCAUUCGCAAAAAUUUGCUUUUAAUUGAAUAUUUUAUGAGUUAGAGUUUGUGGAACAUUUGCCAAUAAAAACUAUCCUGAAUGUUAAUGUACUUUGAGAAAUAAAAUGUGUUCCAGUUUAUGUUUCCCCUGCCUCCGCCUUACCAUGACUGCGAAGAGUAACAGCACACGCGACGUAUUAAUUGUAAGAGUUUGGGUGGUAAAUAACAGUGCCAUAUCCAGACCUUGAGAUAAGGGGGGGUCCAGGUUAUCCAGAUUCUUAGCUGGGGUGGGCGGUCUCGAAAAAAUAUUUUUUCAGCCCUUCGGGUCUCGGUUUGGUCUAAAAAUAAUAGGUGGCCCGGGCCCCUCCUUUGGAUCCGCUACUGAAUAAAACUCAGGGAUGGACCAUGCACCCGCUCAGCAGCAGAGCUGUUCAUUCACUCGCCGCUUGAUCACUUGGCAUCACUCAGCAAAUUAGGAGGUACUGCUCACAGGGUGAGAUGGACGAUUAGAAACGUUAUGGGGGAGGGGGAGGGCGAACUACAAAAUAAAUAUUCAUGCAAGAGGGAAAUAAACUGAAAAAUAAAAAGACAUGUUAACAAAAACAGUUUCAAAUUUCCACGCAUAUACUGCCUGAUCUCCAAAUGUCUUUUGACUGAUCGAUUUCUAAAUACAAACAAAAUGGCUUUAAAGUAUUCAUUAAUCUGCUCAGCUUGAAAGCUGACCUUUAAUCUGCUUCAGCUUCAUUAAUCUGCUCAACUUCCUACUCUUCACUUUUCCGGUGGAUAGCGCUAUUCACCGGAAAAAUAUGUAGUAUAGCAGGGGCGGCGGUUCCUUUUUCCUUUUUUCCGCCCCGCCAACAUUUCGCGUGCCUUUCCCCAAUAUCUGAGAGCCUGGAGGAAAAACUAAUAAUUUUAGUCGAUUUCAUUCUACUAUAAGUUUUAGAGAGAAUAGAAGCAGACACAAGAAUGAUCACAAUGUUGUGAUCAGGAAAGGGCUUAACCUCCUUUAAUAAAUAUAACAGUGCUAACUUUUUGGUGAAAAAAAAAGUACAAUGCAGCUUUCCGGGGUGACUAUUUUUUUGAAAAAUAUGUGAAAAAAAAAAAUUUAAAAAUCUAAUACUCAUAGUCGUUCUUGUCCUUGAAUCUUAAAGUCUCUGAUGUUUUACAAAAGUAGGUGGGUUAACAACAAAAACAGGCAGCAAAGACAUAAAUUCGUGUGGUGGUUAAGUGUUGACUUGCUGGCAUAUAUUACACUGAAACUGGCAGGGCCAUUUUUUGCACAAAACCGUCCCCUUGCUGAAUGGCAAACAAUGCAGUGGGACCUUGAAAGUAAGGAUUCAUAUAAGCUUUUUGAAUGAUGUAUAAUCACUUUGUUUUUCUUGCCCCUCUGUGUUGUUUGCCAUCCAGCAAGGUGUUUUUUUGUGCCAUGUGACUGUUCUGUGCAAAAGGCCCAUUGCCGGAUGCCGGAUGACUUUGACUGGGCUGUACUGCAGCUAUGAAUUCAAUGUUUCUUAGUCCAUUGUGAAUAUUCUUGAUGCAAUAUCAGAAAUGAUCCAAUCAAUGCCAUCCAACAACUUUUCUCCUGUUACAGCGCUGCACCACUGAAUGUUCCAGUGAUGUGUCUUGAUGGCUUCCAGAUUAAGGGCCUACAAAAAGGAAACAAAUACAGUUGUAAACAGUUAGAGUACAUUAACUCCUAUUCAUGUUUGGUGCCAUUCUCCACAGAUAGCCUGUGGAGUCAUACAGAGUGAGCAUGGGUAAUGGGAAACUGAUCGUUUUGAUACAAGUUGUUUUGAUGGAACCUCAAGCAUUGAAAUUACAUAAAAAUUUUGAUCACUUCAAGUAUAGUCUGCACAUGAACGAGAAAAACAUUAAUUUUGGGCUGAAUAUUCUUUGUUCCUUAAGCCAAGUAAACGAAACUAUCUACACCUUGACUGAAUAAACUUCUAUCAAAAUGACUUGUAUCCGAAUGAGUUUGUAUCAAAAUGACUGGUAAACCUUGGUAAUGUGGCCCUGGUUCAUAGCACAAGGGCACAAGACAGGUGGAAUGGCAACAAAUGACACAAGGAUCAAUGGACUGAAACUGCAGUGACAGCAACAAAGACAACCACAAAGUAAUAAAAUCUAUUUUAGUACACAGGGACAUGACUUCCUCUUCAAAUGUAAAAUUCAGGCUAGGCACAUUGAUUCUCCCCAAACUCCAUCCCCCUAAUCCAUAAAAGGGCCUUGAGAUAUUAUAUUAUCUGCUAAUUCAUCUGAAACACUAGAGAAUUCGCUUAAUGUGCAACUGAUCUACAGACAUUGCUUACAACUUAUCAGGCACAAUUAAACUUACAUCUUUAAUUUCUUCUGCUGAUAAUGCACCAGGAAGGUCCUGCUUGUUUGCAAAAACUAACAGCGUAGCACCUGCGAGCCUCUAGUUGAGCAAAAAAACAAUUCAGCAGUCAGUAUCCACAAGAUGGCCUGUUGAGGUCAUUGUCUCAGUUUUGGUUUUUAAAAUCAGACAAAUGCCAUGUGAAAGAUACAGUAAAUUCUCAAUUUGCAGACACCUUGUGAUUUCAGACACUCAGACAUUCAGCAGGUUAAUCAACGGCAAAAUAAAUUAAGAUGUUUUGAUGAAAUUAACCUCUGCUAUUGUAGAUGAAGACUGGUAUUGACCAGCCGAAAUAACGCAACUUAACUCUAUUUCACGGUGUUUGAUCAGUCCCUGCAAAAGUCUUCUUGACUGUAACAUUUUCAAUUUUAUAUAUUUUAUGGACUGAUCACGAUCUUUCAUUUGGAUCCGACGUUGAGCAAGAUUGUUCGUACACGGUUUUUGCAGUGGGUUUUUUACCUUAACUAAACACUCUAUGUCGCCAUAAACGAACAUUUAUAAAAUUACCACCAGUUGUAUUAGAUAAAGAUGAAAUUUGUCAAGAUGUUAUAGUUGUUAUAUAGCAACAAAAUGACGCCAUUACCUACCGCCAUCACUUGCAGCAAUAUUUUUUUGGCACCGGAAACUGUUCUUAAAAAAUCGUUCACGGGAGCUUUUUUUCUCCAAUACGGUCGCCUCGAUGUUCGUGAAGUUAAAGCGGAAUCUGUAAGAGCUAGCGCUAUCGAGAUAUUUUGGGAUGAAGAUUUUAUCGUUAGUUUGAAUUUGGUGACGUCAUGUGAAAAGCGAGAAUAACAUUUUAAUACCCCACUGUUCCAAUUCUGUCAAAAGGUCGGUUUGCGGAUAGCCUGCGAACAGCAGACGCAUUUCCGGUCGUCGCUUCUCCCAAAGGCCCCAAAGUUUUCUCACACCUUGCGUAAAAAAUUUCACAGCUGCGCCUGUUCCUUUUCGUAAAUCCGGCCAAACCUACAAUGUUUGCGACCAUCAUUAUUUUUAGUCAGGCGUUUAGUAUUUGAUUGUAAAACUCCCUGAAGAAGUCUACGUUAGUUAGACGAAACGCGUAGGAGAAUAAAUAAGUUUUACAGCAACAGUUCGCAGAGUGCUGCUCACUAGUUUAGUUUUAAAAAUUUUUAAAAAUUUAUAAAAAUUAAAAAUUAACAAAAAAACAAAGCUAUUUUUGGGAGGGAGAGGAGCGACGACCGGAAAUGCGUCUGCUGUUAGCAGGCUAGUUUGCGGAUAAUGAUUGAAGGCCUCAGAGGACAGCUGUGCUGUGGCUUCGCAGGGGGCUUGCAAUUGUCAAUCAAAGUUCUGCCGCUCAAACAGCAUACGCAGCAUACAGAGCAGUAAUUCAAAGUUACUUGACUGCAUGUGUACGACUCUGUAGAUACGUCGAAAAAACUCAGCAUGAACUCAACGGCGAACGGAUCCAGCGGACCUUGGAGCUGCUUAAAUUCCACUGCGUCAAAAAUCGGAGGAACCGUUACCUACUGUCUGAUCUUUAUCGUUUCACUGGUAGCAAAUUCUCUCAUUGUAAUGAUCGUUUAUAAAACGCCGAACUUAAGAAAACCGAUAAAUCUUUUCAUCGCAAACAUGGCCUCAUCUGAUCUGCUGUAUGCAAUAUUCUGGAUACCUUUGAACCUGUCAUUCUUGCACACCAAUUACUCGUGGCUUAUCGGUGGUCAGCUUGGCCAGGCCUUGUGUAAGCUUGCCCCUUUCUUUGGUAACGUUUCCUUUGUCGUUUCGAUUCAGAAUCUGAUUCUGAUAGCAGUAGAUCGCUUUGGAGCCGUGGUGUUUCCACUCCGUUCCCCACUCAUUAGAUGCAAGCUGUGUCCUUUCUUCAUUCUCGCUACAUGGAUAGUUGCCGUAGCGGCCAGUUCGCCAUACUUGUUCACUUUCGAGCUCGUUGAAUCCCUAGAGGGAACCUGGUGUGCUUUUGAAUGGGAGAAAGUAUUCGGAGAGUCAUCGUCCUAUGCCAGUUUCGUACUAGCUUCCUACAUUCUGUUUAUAUACAUACCUGUGCUGUUGCUAGUCAUUCUUUACUCCAUCAUUGUUAUCAAGCUCAAGACACAGGCACACCCA